AUGAUACUUUGCCUAAAUCUGUGGAGUUCGAAGGCUCGCUAUCGAACGAUUCGAACACUACAGCCUCUUACUGAUCAGCACGGCCUUGCUGAAUGUGCGUCCUCAGUCGUCAGCACCUUGUCGACGUUCGACCCGUUGGUGAAGUUGGAAAAAGAUGCUGGCAUCUAUGAAAACGACUUCGAAAAUCGGUUUCAAGAAGACGUUUGGGACACUAUUCUCUCCAAUUAUGCCGUCUUCCCAUCGUGGUCUGACAUGAGGUGGAAUAUUCCUCAAUAUGGACGAGCUCUCGCUCUUGAUAUGUCUAUAGUUCAGGCACUGGCAGCUUCUACGCUUUCCCAACGUUCAAGGGAAAUUGCCCGCAGUCCUGUUCCUUAUCAACACCCCACAUCUACGAUUCAUAUCAAUUACGUCCAUCACCGCUUGGAUCGCCUGCGCGGCCUGCAGUUUGCAGUUAACUUCAAUCAGCGAGGGGCGGGCUCUAAUGCUUCCCGGUUCAAUUUGCUGGUCGAGAACUCUUUGAACAAAGUCAAUUGCCUUAUGUCAAAGCGGGUAUCAGUGGUCUCGCCGCCAAUAUACAUUCUACUACCGUAUUCCGAGCGUGAACACCGGUUACGGUUGUUUCUCCAAAAUUUUGCGGAACUAUAUACACAGCACGAUGACAACGUCAUCCUCAUCAUCUCUAUCCUACGAGACAGACGGCAUGACCAUCUUGCAGUCCGCUCUAUUAAGGAUGAAGUUUUCCGGAACGAUUAUGCGACUGUUUCAGAUAAAGUCUGGAUUCAUGAAAAUGACGGUGAUACUAACCACCAAUUUUCCCGCGGCGUCGCGUUGAGAGAAGCUGCGAAACUUGUACCGGACCCUACAUCCGUACUGUUUCAAUGCGACGUCGACAUGAUAAUCCUUCCAACCUUUUUCGAUCGCUGCAAACAUAAUACGGUUCUGGAUUCACAAGUAUACUACCCCGUCUUUUACAGUUUAUAUCCGUACGCCAACGCACAUCCAAGUAUAGCUGAACGCAAUGGAUUUUGGCGGAAAACCAGUUUUGGAAUGGUGUGCAUCAGAAAGGGAGAUUUCGAUUCUGUUGGGGCUUUCGACGAUGCGGAAAUAAGAUUCCAAGGCUGGGGAUCAGAAGAUGUUUAUCAGUAUGAAAAAAUUCGGAACACUUCUAACCUUGUCGCUUUUCGAGCUGUUGAUCCAUCCUUGCUGCAUCGAUGGCAUACGAAGCAUUGUGACAGAGCGUCCGGUGCCUAUACAGAAUGCAUGAAAACGAAUUUCGUCACAAUGGGAGACCCUAUUCGAAUCGGGCCAGCUCUUCUGGAGUCAAUAACGGAUGUCGAUGCGCUUUUCGCAAGACUUCAAGAGUCAUGA